CUUUUAAAUUACUUUUUUCUAAUAGUUAAAAAUGUCUUCAAAAGUAGGAAUGGGUAGGGAAUCGGGAAGAUUAAAAGAUGCUGAUAAAAAAAAGGUCCUUGAUACAGCAACCAGAAAUCGUAGAGCACGUAGGGCUCUAGAGAGUUUAGAAAUGGAUAACUAUCAACAAGAUCCCCAUGCUGACAUUGUUUUGAAUAAAAAAGCCCCUAAAUUUUUAGAUACUAUCGAGGCUAAAGGAGUAAGGCGUAAAAAGGAAAAAAGUGCUGAAUAUUAUAAACAAAAAUUUCGAAGGACAUUUGAACAGUUGAUCGAAGCUGAUCAAUUUAACAACCGUGAUCCACCCAACUAUAAUUCAAUAGAAGCACCCUCAUCAAACUUGCCACGCAGAAUAUUUUGCGCAGUUUGUGGAUUCAAGAGUUCAUACACAUGUACAACAUGCGGUGCACGAUAUUGUUGUAUUUCUUGUUUAGGUACGCACCAAGCGACUCGAUGUCUUAAAUGGGCUGUAUAAAUUUGUGACA